AUGUCUUCUAUUGCUACCGAUGAAGAUAUUGUUGAUCGUUGGAUUGAAAUUGAUGAUUCGAUCAGUGUACCAGAACAAACUCUCGAUGAAAUUCUAGCUGAUAAGAUCUUAGACUUGGAUGAUGAAUUCUUGAGCGGAUUAGAUGAAGAAGAAUCACUCAUCGUUUCUUCGCACCAAACUGCAUCCACAGCAUUGCUUCAUUCUUACAAACUUGAUUCUCCUCUCCACGUCACGAAAUUAGGCUCACCCAUUUCAGAAUCCAUCUCAUAUCAGUUAAAGGCACAAUGUGAUCAUAACAUCGGAGGUCAUGCUAAGGCUCUAGCGGUCUCUAAUAAUAAUAUUGCCGUUGGAACUAGCCGAGGAUUGGUUUUAAUUUUCAGUCGUGAGACCCAAAAGCUAGUUCAUUCUGUAACAGCAGAUGGAUUUCCAGUAUCAUGCCUUGACUUCAACCAAACGGGCACACUUCUUGCUAUGGGUUAUAGCUCUGGUUCAUUGCGCAUAUUUGAUGUUGCUGUAGGUAAAGUGAUUGAUGACGUCAGUGAUUUAGCUCAAUCUGGGCAAGGACUAUUACAAAUAUUAUUCUCUGCCAGUGGCAGAAAACUUGCUUGUUUGGAUAGUGGAGGUUCCGUUUAUGAAUUGAGGUUGUCAGGAGCAGUUCUUUCACGAAGAAUACACUGCGUUUUUUCAGGGUGUCAUGGAGAAGUUGUUUAUUUGAAAAUGUUGGAUAAUGGUCGCAUCUUAGCCCUUUUAUCACUGAAGAAACUCUUUCUAGUUAGUAUAAAAGAGAUGCGUCUAUUGUACUCGAUUAUUCUUAAUGGACCUACUAAUCUGCCACCUUUGAUUGACGCACAAGCAGUAACGGUCAAAGGAAAUUCAGCUGUUAAAACUGCUGCGUUCUUUUUGGCUCGAGGAUCGAAAAUUGAAUUUUACUAUAUACACGGUUCAUCUCCAAAUUUGAAAGUCAUUCGUUAUCGAGUAUUAUCUUUGGAUUACGACUUGAUAAAUUUGAAAUGGGUAGAGCAGUAUUACUUGAUAGCCAUAGAUGCUAGUGAAAGAGUUCAUGUGAUUGACCCUGUGCAAAGCGAUAUUGCGAUGGAAGAUAUUUGUGAUGUUCAUUUAUCAUAUGGCACUGCUGAUUUUAAGGGUUUGUCAACAGGUGGUAAUGUAAGCGCCGCACUAGCUUACUUGGCUUAUUCAGUUUGUUACCAGUCCAUGUAUCAUAUAAAAAAUGAUACAUUUAUCUUAGGCGAAACAUCUGUUUACUUAAUUUCUGUAAGUGAUCAAGUAGCGCAAUUGGAGGCUUUAAUUGAUCGAGGAGAAGUAGUGUCUGCUGUGCUGUUCGCUCUUGACUUGUUUUCUGGAAAAAUUGUGAGCAAAUCAAAACAGGGAUAUUUGAAACAUGUCGUUUCUUCCCGAAUUCCUGGUCUCAUUAAUUCACUUUUGGCCUUCACUACAUCGGGUGUAGAAAAUGGUAAAGUGGUGCAACUUGUCGAUCAUUACAAAAAACAUAUUCAGUUACUUAUACGGGCAUGUAUCAUUACUGGUCAGUUAGAACUAUUAUAUAAUACAGUAUAUGACUGCUUGGAAAAAGAUGCUCUUUCAAAAGCUAUAUUUUUUGAAAAUAUUGAUGAAGUUUCUGAUUAUUUCCGUUAUCUUGUCACAGAAGGUAAUCUAAACCAAUUCGAAGCAGCAGUAGUACGUAUACCAGUUGAAAAACAGGACAUUCACUUUGUGAUGACUAAUUGUAAAAAAUAUGAACUUUAUGACGGUGUUAUAUAUGUUUAUAAUAAAGCUAUAUCGGAUUACAUUGGACCGUUGGAGGAAAUGUUGGAUAAUGUUGCUACAUUUGUUAAUUAUGAAGUAAUAUCAGACUGCAAUAUAGCAGUGGGAAAUAAGCUGUUACUUUAUAUUCAGUGUUGUCUUUCGGGUAUAGCUUAUCCAAUUGGGUCGCUGCCAGAAGAAGUAGCUAAAACUCUUCCACUUCAAGUGUAUCGUUGUUUAAUUUCUUACAAAGGCAAAAACGGGACUUCAUGUUCUAUUACGUAUCCUUAUUUACGUGUACUUAUCCGUUUUGAUGCUGUACAGUUUUUCAAUGUAAUCCUGACGUGUUCAGACUGCAAUAUUUUUAAGUCAGAAGAGGGAAGGUUGCAGCGCAUUGUAGAGGUCAUAUAUAAGAUAAUCGACUCAAUGGAUCGAAAUGCAGUACUUUUUGUUAAUUAUUUCACUCUCGUCGCAUAUCUGUUGCAGAAAAAAACAAUUAUUCCAUCUUUGGAAAUAAUUAAUGAGUUGAUUGAAAUGGUGUUGUCGUUUGGUGAAUCCGUUCAGCGAAUUGCAGAAGCAGAGAGAUGUAUUGUAGAAGUUAUGAGAAUUGUAAGUGGUCUUGAUGAAGAGAAAAUACUUCGACAAGCCAGAAAAUUACCCCAUUUACAGGUUUGUUCAUACAUAUAUACAAGCAGAAGAGAUUUCAUUAAUUUGGUCGAAUGCUAUUUAAGUGAUCCAGUGAAUGCGAUGUUGAUUUUUCCUGUGAUCAGGACGUUGAUUUUAGAAUUGCAAGGCAAUGAUUUGUCAGAAUUUCGCUUGUUUUUGCAAAAUUCCUUAGUGAGAUUUAACAAGAUUGACUGUUUUCAAACAGCUGAACUUGUUCUUGAUCACUUUAUGGAAUGGUUAUCACAGGAGACAUUGGAAAACAGUGAUGAAAUUUUGCUCUAUUAUUUCUGUUUCAUGGCAAGGCGUGAACGAGGAUAUCGCACUCUAACUGGCUCUGAUGAACGUGAUGAGCAACUUCUAGCUCUUGCUGUGAAAGGGGUUGUAUUACAUCAUUCAUUUGACGAUUUAGAUGUGCAGUUGUGCGAAUUUUUGCGUUAUUGGCUAAAAAUUUCUUCGAGAACUGAUCGGUGUUUGAAUUAUGCAGUGAAAAGUAAACUCAUUCUAUCAAGUGUUUUACUUCUAGAAGCUAGAAGACUUGUUGGAAGAGCUUUUGAACUGCUUAAUUCUGAGCUCGAAACGUUAUGGGGAAAAGAUUUAGAACUUUCUUCUAAAUAUGUGUACGAAACGAUUCGUUUGGCUUGCAUUUAUCAUGAAGAAGUUCAAAAAGGAAAUUGGUUGUUUAAGAUUUUGGACAGAAUUCUUUCCCUUUCAGAAACAGAAUUUCACGAAGGAUCAUGUAUAAUGGAAAUGCUGAACAGUGUAAUUGCUGCUGUAAUGGCAAGUGGAAGCAGUGAUGCUGAACGAUUAGUUGAUGCUUUAUUUGCUCAUCCAGCAUUUCGGUAUGCAACAUAUGCAAAAUUUCGUUCUCUAAUUACAUCCAUGUUCGCGUUAUGUCAGUAUGAAGAAGUGCUGUUAAAAGAAACUGUGCAAUGCAUAGAAGAAGAAACUAUCCAAAUGUUGAACGAUUUAAAGUUGCAAUCAACACGUCGUUAUGCCAGUCUAAUUUCCUCGAAUAUAUGUGUUAGUUGUCGAAAUUCAGGCAACAAGUCAUCAUAUUUAUACAAGUGUCGACACAUGGUUCAUAUUGAAUGUGCUUCUCAUAACGAUGUGCGAUAUUGUUUAUGUCAAGAAAAUGCCUUCAGCUAUCAGAAUGUUGAAGACAAUUUGAAACGAGCCUCUAGUCGAAUGCUUCGGAAGACAGAGAAAGUAGAUUUAUUUUCAGAAGACUCUCUGAAAUUAAUGCUCGGUCCAAGCAGAUUAGAGUAUUAUAAUUCAUCACUUUGA